GUCAGUGUGGCGCCAGCUGCAGGAGAACAGCGAACAGAAGAAGAAGAAGGGCGUCGUUUAAUUUUCUUCUUCUUGUUGUUUUUUCCUGCAGCUGUUCCUGACUUCCACCAACACUCUUUUAUUCCGUCAACAUGUCUGAAGAUCUUCGCUCUGAACUGGAGAAAUAUCUCCAGACGCUAAACAUCCAGACGAGCUGCGUGGAACAUCCACCGGUGUUCACGGUGGAGGAGAUGAUGCCUCACCUGCAGGAGGUGAACGGAGCCGUCACCAAAAACCUCUUCCUGAAAGACAAGAAGAAGAAAGGCCUCUGGCUGGUGUCGGCUCGCCAUGACCACCAGGUCGACCUCAACGUCCUCGCCAAGAAGCUCGGUCUCGGCAGCGGAAACCUGCGCUUCGCAGACGAGGCGGCCAUGUUGGAAAAACUCAAGGUGGGUCAGGGUUGUGCGACGGCUCUGGCUCUUCUCUUCGAUCGGGACCGGAGUGUGAAGUUCGUCCUGGACCAGGACCUGGUGGAGGGAGGCCAUGCCCUGGUCUACUUCCACCCCAUGACCAACUCCGCCACCAUGGGGAUCCGACCCCAAGACCUGCUGCUCUUCUUAAAGGAGACUGGACACGAACCCAUCCUGGAGAGCUUCCAGUAGGACGGACCGGACCCGGACCCGGACCCGGACCCGGACCUGGACCUGGAUCUGGACCUGGACCCGGACCCGGACCCGGACCCGGACCCGGACCCGGACCUGGACCUGGACCUGGACCUGGAUCUGGACCUGGACCUGGAUCUGGACCUGGACCUGGAUCUGGAUCUGGACCGGGAUGUUACAUAUGGUUCAUACUGGACUAGAUGGAACCAGACUUUGAUAUAUUUUUAAAUGUAGAAAGAGAGGAAGGUCUUGAUUAGUUGGGAUGGAUCAGGUUUUAACCCGUUACCUCUAAUGAGUUUUUCCUCGUUAAGCCAGAAACCCUGCUGGGCUGGAAGCAUGUCUCUAUCUGUGUGAGGACCGACUCUCUAACCCUGGAACCUGAGAAAAAACAGUUUGUGAUUAUUUUAAUCAUCAGCUGCUGAGACAAACUAACCUGUUGACAUCAGAUGUGUUUCCAUUCGCUCUAGAAAUGAACAAAACUCAAAUAUGUCAGAAAUAAACUGGUGAUGAAACAUAAAAACCUCCAACAUCUGAAGCUGAAACAUCUCUACUCUCAGGAGGAGGUUUCUCAGGCGCAUCCAUAUAAAAGUUUAUCUGUAAAGUUCAGUGAAACAUGGAGAUGAUGCAGGGGGUCAUGUGACCAGUUCAUCUGGUCUGAAUAUUAAGUUUAACUUAACUCAGGUUCUUCGUGUCUCAACUAAGAAAACAUAAUUUCAGCCUUUUAACUGAAAUUAAACUGAAUCCUGUUCAUGAA